CGAGCCAUUCUAGAAUGUAAGAUAAGUCCCACGUGCAUUUCCGAAAACAUUUUUCGAAAUUGAAACAAAAAAUAUGUAAGAUAAGUCCCACGUUCAUUUCCCACCUCCCAUCCAGGCAUCCACAGUACUGCUGUACUUUCAAGAAGCUCCAAUUUCCCACCACCGUCAAAAUUCAAUGGCGGAAGAAGAAAAAGUAGAAGGAUUACAGCAACUCAAACACGAAAACCAAGAUCUUCCACAAGUGCUUGUUCUUGGUUCUCCAACGUGCUUACAAACCUUAAAACAACUCUACUCUCACAAAUUCCGUUUUCUUAUCCCAAACACUUCGUUGGACUCACUCUACCCUCUCACCGCUCCACUUUCAUCCAUCUCCGCCGUCAUCUGCAGUGCUUCCUUCUCCCUCACCGCCCCCGUCCUCCGCCUCCUCCCCUCCCUCCGACUAGUCGUCACCACCAGUGCCGGCACCGAUCACAUUGACCUCAAUGAGUGUGGCUGCCGAGGGAUACAGGUAGCUGGCGCCGGAAAACUGUUUUCCGAGGAGGUGGCUGAUAUGGCGGUGGGGCUUAAAAACAUGUGUUCAUUUGCAAGCUUCACUUGGAAAGCAAUAACGCAUUGA